CUCGUGAGUGCGGAGGGAGCGCGGAGCAGAAGCGAGCGGAGCCGCGACACUGGACGCUGGAGGACGCGGAGCUGAUGCUGCUGUCCAGACCCGUCAGCAGGAACCUGGCAGGAGUCCUCUCUGUUGACUGAAGUCUGCUUCACUACUGUGGACCUGGACAUGGGCCGGAAGAAGAUCCAGAUCACUCGCAUCGCGGACGAGCGGAACCGCCAGGUGACCUUCAUGAAGAGGAAGUUCGGCCUGAUGAAGAAGGCGUACGAGCUGAGCGUCUUGUGCGACUGCGAGAUCGCGCUCAUCAUCUUCAACAGCUCCAACCGGCUGUUCCAGUACGCCAGCACCGACAUGGACAAGGUGCUGCUCAAGUACACCGAGUACCACGAGCCGCACGAGAGCCGCACCAACGCCGACAUCCUGGAGGCGCUGAGCAAGAAGGAGCGGCGCAGCUGCGACAGUCCGGACGCCGAGGCCUCCUACGUGCUCACGCCCAGCACCGAGGAGAAGUACAGGAAGAUCCACGAGCAGUUCGAUGUCAUGAUGCGGAGCCACAAACAUUCCUCGGGUGUGGCUCCACACAGCCUCCUCCACGCAGCUCCUGCUGGACCCCCCUUCAGCCCAGGAGCCCCCGCAGCUCUGGCCCACACCGUGGCGUCCGAGGCCCAGCGGGCCGGCACCUGCCCGCAGAGGCCGGCGGGAAACGCUGUCAACGGCCUGGUGGCGUCUCCGGGCAGCAGCAUGAUGAAGGCCUCUCCUCCUCCUCCUCAGUUGAGGAGAGCGGCAGCAGAGCUCAACACAAACGUUACCCAUAAUGCCGCUGUGUUCCAGCAGCGGGCCCUGUCCGCUCCGAAUGUUCCCGCCGGGGGCCCAGAUCUGCCCGGGUCCCAGGUCUACGGCGACUUCCACCACGACUUCCCUGACGUGCGGCUGACCGGGUGGCAGCAGCGGAGCGACGGCGGGUCGGCAGGGUCCAGCCUGAACGUGAAGGCGGAGCCUGCGUCUCCCCCUCGGGAGCCCCUCAGCUUCUCAGGCUUCAGCUCCGCUCCUCAUCCUCCUCAUCCUCUUCAUCGUCCGGCGGCCGACAGCGCAUCCUGCUCCUCCCAGGACGAGGACGGUCCCUCGCUGAAGCGCGUGCGGCUGGACGGCUGGGUGACGUAGAGGUCACGUGACCCGAAGGAACCGACCAGGACCUCGGGCAGACAACGAUCCUGGGCGCGCCACUCUCAGCCAAGUCACAGAGCCGCAUCAGAAGCUCCGAGUCACUCGCCUCUCCACGUCUUCUCUGUUGUCACAGCAACAGACUCUGGUGGCUCUGACUCCUCCUCCUCAGUCUCCCGGCAGAUCACUGUAACAUCAGCAAACACCAUGGUCCUUUUGUCUCUGAUGCUCCUGAGCUCCAGAGUACGGUUGCAAACACCGUCCUCUUUUUCCUGCAGAGUUUUGAACCUACAUUCUGUUGUGCUUUUCAUUUUCUGUUGCUUUCCUUCACUAUUUGCUCAUUUUGUUCUCUGAUGGAAACAAGAAUCACAAAGUCACAGUUGUUUUUAUCUGCUUCUCCUCGUGAAACAUUGGAGUCCAUCGUUCUUGUUUCUGUUGUGAUGACGAUGCUGCUCAUCUGCCUGUCAUCCUCACACCGCUCUGACUCACUCUGACUCGCCACGAGUCACGUUAGCGACACUAGCAGUUUGCAGCCCAAACAUGUUUUACAUUAAGUUUUCACUACGACAAGUGGUGUUGACGGCAGGAUGAUGAUGUCAUCAUCCCCAGUCCUCUUUCACCAGCAACACACCGCCUGAUGAUGUCACUUCCUGUGUGUGGCACUGACUCUUCCUGCACAGCCGCAAAUCUGGUGAAGAAAAAGACUGCAGUCGUGGUGACAAACUCCUCAUCCACCACGGGGGUUUGGCAGGAAACGGCGACGUCAAUGUGCUGACUCAUCACUUGUU